GGUUGGGGUGCAGGCGGUGGCACAGCUGCAUGCUGUGUGUGUUUGCACUUAAGAGUAGAAACGUUGAAUCCUGCUGCACCUGCAGUCCUCCUGUGGUUCACAUGGAGCCAUCUGAUAAAGAGCCAGCUGACGAGCCGGACAGGAUGCCUCUGAACGCAGGAGGAGACACCGGGUACGGCAGCGUGGCGGGCUCCGGGCUGUCGGGCAGUGUGGGGGCCUCGGAGUCGGCCCCGCUCCUCAUACCGGAGCCUGAACCGGAGCUUUUCCAGCGGUGGCAGCCACUGAGUAAAGAGGAGCUGGAGGUGGCAGCGGGGGGUCCGGGCUGGAGGAAGGUGCGCUGUUACCUGGUGCUGGUGUUCUGGCUGGCCUGGCUGGCCAUGCUCGCAAUCUCCAUCGCCAUCAUCGCGGUAAGCCCCCGGCCGGUUGAAACACCGCUGAAGUGGUGGCAGAAGACGCUGUUUUAUCAGCUGGAGCCCGAACUGCUGCCCGAGAGGCAGGCCGAGGGGUCAGAGGGACUCAAAGCACUGUGUGAGGAGCUUCCCUACCUCAGGUCCCUGGGCAUCGGAGCUCUAAUCCUGGAGGGUCUGUUUGACAAGAAGGCGUCUCCUUUGAAACUGAAUGCGACUGGUGAAAGGUUUGGGACUUUGCCUCAGAUCCAGCAUCUGCUCGCUGAGAGUACCAAAGCUGGUCUAAAGGUGGUGUUGGACGUCUGUGAACUGGAUCUGUUGGGACCUGAGGAGGUAGCAGGAAGUGCAGAUGUGACACCAAACCUCUCAGCCACAGAACAUUAUGCGCUCCGAUUCUGGCUGGAGCAGGGUGCGGCAGGCUUUGUAAUCUGUGACACAGAUGCAGCUUAUUCAGAAAAGACUCUGCUGGAGUGGAAAGGCGUCUUCAAAGACUUCAGCAGUGAGGAAGAGGAAAGGAUUGUGGUAGUCAAACAGACGAGAGACAUUUUGCCACCUCUUGAAAACUCCAGCCAGAGAAACAGUACCCUGGUGGAUGUGGUCAUGAGGUCAAUUCUGCCACCUUCACAAUACCCUUUGUCUGCCAAGGAGGUUGCUGAUGCCAUUGAGACACACCUGCAAAGAGAAGAUGAAGAUAUAUGGCCUGGCUGGACAGUUGGGGGUAAAGCAUCCCCUGACUUGAAGAACUUACUGCUGGUGUUGACGAUGACUCUGCCAGGAUCACCUGCAGUGCAGUAUGAUGAAGAUAUCGACCAGAUUGUGUCUGUGAAAGACAGUUCAUCACAUGAAGACACGGAUGAAACAUCAGACACCCAGGCAGACAAAGAGAAGAGGAGGCGUUCAGCUGUAGCUCUUUUCACCUCCCUCAGUCACUCCAGAGCCAGAGAAGAAGCUCUUCUGUUCGGCAGUUUCACUUUUCUUCCCUUCAAUUCUUCCACCAAUUCCUCUUCCUCCUCCAACUCCACUCUGCCCUCUCAUUCAUCUCCACCCAUCCUGGCCUUCUUGCGUUCCUGGGGUUGUGUCCACUUCCUCAUCUUGCUGAACGUCGGCCCUGAGCCUCACGCCCUGGAUCCUGCCUGGGCCCCGAGCUUGCCCAAAGCUGGAGUGUUUGUGACCAACACAGGAAUGGACCGCCUGGGGUCGACAACUCUAGACGCGCUGGUGCUGCGGCCUCAAGAAGCUAUCGUCAUCAAACUGUUUGAGGCAGGAAGCUACUCGUAGAGCGUCUCCAGGGUCAGUUGUGAGAAGUUAUUUCCUGUCAGAAUGAUGCAAUUGUUUUUAAAGAUGUGGUUGGUUUGUGCUCAAAGGCCACUGACAAUAAAAUAAUACUGUGUUC